AUGUAUACUGGUAUGAACCUCUUGAAUCAAAUGUUCACAAAUUCAAUUGAAAAUCUGGUCAAACAAGAUUUUUUAAUGAUGAUUGAAAACAAAAACAUUACCAAUCAAAAAUAUGAUUGCUUCAAAGUCUUUAAUUACAUCCAGUCAAUAAACUAAUGGAAGGAAAAGUUUGGAUAAAUCUUAUAGAUGUAAAAAUAGUGGUACAUGACUCUAUUAAACAAAAAUCUUACAUAACUUAUAACUGAUGGUAUACACUUGUAAAAUUUAAUCUCUGCAUAAGAACAAUAACUUAAACUACUCUUUAGUUAAAAUCCACUUUCCUAAUAGUGCCAUGUCUUAAUCCAUUUAUUUUAUAAGUACAUUAAUUUCAAUAAGAGAAAGAUUGAAAUUCCUGCAUUGGAUUCUUCCCUUGCUUAUAAAUUUUCGAAUUCAAUAAACGGAAUUUUGUUUCAUAAAGAAGCUAGUCUUGUCUAUUUAACAUUAUUAGAUACUAAAGGGAUCAUCAAAAAUUACACUAAAACAUUUAGAGAUGCUCUGUGUACAAUAGAUAGUGAAAUAAUGAAUAAUUCCAUCAAUAAUUUCAUUCCAGAUAUUAUAGCAGAAGUGCAUGAUCAAUAUCUAGACAACUUUGUUGAGAGAGGGAGAAUCAAUAUAAUGAAAUCAGACAGAAGAUUUCUACUGGUCAAAAAUAAAUUAGGGUUUAUAUUUCCAAUAAUAGCUAAGGUUAGAUUGGAGACAGAUUUGGGAUCAGAUUUUGGUUCAUCUGCUCUUAUUCUUCCUACUUAUCAAAAUUAUCAUUACAUUAUGUUGAAUAAACAUGGUUUAAUGGAAGAGAUUAGCAAUAAAUUGUAUAAUGAAGUUAUCUUACCAAUUCUUUGCGUUGAUCUAAAAGGUCUUAAAUCUUUGGAUUGUCUCAAAUUAAUACCAAAGUUAAUAAAGAGUUGGAAAUCACUAAAUUAAACUAAUGUUUUGGACUAGGAACUGAAAGAACCAACUCAAUCAUAUAUUGUGAUUCCAAAGAAAAGAAAAAAAUAAUAAAUACUUUUAUCCUCUUAAGUAAAAGAGAGGAAGUAAACCAUUUAUGAUUUCUUAAAAGGUUAGGAUCUAGUUAAUGAGAAAUACUUUGACAACUUCAAAGAGAUGUAUAUGUUUCGAAUUACAUUCAAAAUUGUUGAGUUUCACACAUUUUAAGAAACGAUUUAUUGUAUUGAGAUUUAAACAAUUAAGCCUGUUCGCGAAUCACAAAGAAUAGAAAUAUUUGAAAAAUUGAUAGAAAAAUCAGAAUAUGUGAAUUUGAGUAGAAAAUUCAUAAAAAUUAAUCAAGAGAAAAUGGAUUUCAAGAAGUUAAAAACUAAAAAGUUAGAAGUAACUAAUUAAAAGGAAUCACUAGGGUUCAUAUCCUUUUAACCUGAAAUCUAUAAUUUGGACACCUCAAAAUUGAUAGAAGAUGAUUAUAUGAUUAGGUAGAAGGAAAUGCAAAUUCAUUUGACAAAUCCUAUGUAUAAUUUAGAAAUAGAUGAAUGUUAAAAUCUAAUUAGUUAACCAAAUAGUUAAGAAAAGAAAAUACAAGAUCAAUAGACAUUUCGAAUGAAAUCAUCCAUAGGGCCUAGCUUUGGAGCUUUGAAUCACUUUGGUAGCAAUUUCUCAAAUGGGGUUAGUUAAGUCUUUGGGUCAGAUUAAAAUAAACUCAUUGUACACUCCAGUGCAAUAUUGGAGGCAUUGAAUGAAAAUAAAGAGUCAAUCAAAUCCAAGAUUUCCGAUGAAGUAAUGGGAUCAAUAGAUAAUUUUCUAUUUGAUGCAGAUUAGAUGAAUUCUAUAUCUUCCUCUUAAAUCAGCGAUAUAAAAGUCAAGAAAACCCAAUUGAAGCACAACUUGUUUGAUGAAUAGACUAAGCAGCAUUGGACUAUACGCAUAAUUAAUUUGAUGACAUUUACUUUGCUUAUCAUCUUUAACAUUUUAUACUAUUAUGUUGUGAAUCAAGAAAAUAAGAUAAUAGAUUCAGCACUACAAACAUACAGAUUGUCAAACACUUUUUAAGAAUAGCUAAAUAAUUUCAUUCUGACCUUCAAUUAUUCGAAUACGAAUAGAUUCAACCAUUCUCAAUAUAUGAAAUUUUGUGCCAGUCGUUUCUAGAAUGACAUAUCAAAACUCUAAUAUUAUUCCCCGAAUAUAGAAAAUAAUUCAAUUCAAUAUCUGUAGAUUAGCGAAUUUGAAAACAUUACAAAUCUGAGUUUGUUUUAUUCAUUGGGAUAUUUCUCAUAAUAUUUACUCUCACAAUCAAAUUGUUCUAAUUAGGAAUAUUUUUUAGAAUUUAUAGCCAGAAAUUUCAUAACAAUAAGUACUUCAAAUUCUGUAUUGAAUGCAACAGUCAUCAAAGAUGGAAUAGAUUAAUUUAGGAAUGCUUAACAAUAAACAAAAUUAUCGUUUUAUUUUACUUUGAUAUCACUUUGCAUUGCAUUUUUGUUUUACCUCAUUUUUUUGAUCAUCAUUAACAAAGCUAAGUAGAAGAUAAUUAAAUUGUUCAAUACUAUUUCAAAGAUCCAGUUGAAUUGUUUAAUUGAUUAGAUUUCAAUAGUUUUACAUUAAUUGGAUAAGAUUGACUUCAUUAAUGAAGAAACCACUGAGCAUCAAUUUGAAUAGAUAAAGUCAAAAAUUGCUUCUACUCCGAGGAUAAAAAUCAAAGUUCCUUAAAAAAGGUAAUCUUUGAAAGUGAAAUAAAAUAAAGCGAAAGAAAACACUGCUCUUAUUUAUUUGUUUUACUCUGCAUUAUUAUUACUCGGUUACUUUAUUAUCUCUUCGUAAUACAUAGGCUCUCAAAUUUACUAAAAUUCAUUUGAGGAAGAUACAAUAUAUGCUUUCAGAUAAUUACUCCUCUACAAAUCAUCGCAAUCAUAUCUGUUAUAACAGAAGAGUUUUUAGAAGCUCCUAAUCAAAUAUGUGUAGAUAGGAAAGGAAGAGAUGCUGUUUUUAAAUCAAUGGGACGAGGCAUUAAAGUUCAUGGAAGGACAAUUAGAUGUUCUUUAAAGUUUCAUUCAAAGAUUAAAUGAUUAAAAAUCGUUUUCAAAUGAAAUCUUCACAAAUACAAUAAAGAAGAAUGCCUGUUAGGCCUUUUAGUUUACAAUUGUGAAUACUACGGAGGAUAGCUAGUUUUUCAAUGAAGAGAUCUGCAAGAAUCUUGAUAGUCUGGCUUCGGGACUAACAAUUUAAUUAGUUGCUAUGUAAUAAACUUUAUAAUAAUUCUAUUCGAUGAAUAAGUUGAAUAAUAAACAAUUUAAAUCCUAUUUGUCAAACAUGGAGACGAAUUUAACCUUAGAAAAUGAUAUCGUUAGUGUGCUUUACACGUCUCAUGUUUUGACAUUGCUGCAUGAAUUCGUGGCUCAAUAAGGCUAAUAGGAAUUAUAUAUUAAUUAUGUAGUGCAUACUAUCAGAUUCAUAUUUGGAUUAUUGCUUUACCUUGUUUUAAUUAUUAUAAGCAACAAGAAUAUCAGGUUGUACUUGCAUAAAGAAUUAAUUAGAACAAAGCAAUUGUUUUUGCUGAUACCCUUGGAAAUAUUAUGUGAGAAUGCAAAUGUUUUAUAGCAAUUAAUAAGAAAUUAGAAAUGA